AUGUCGAAACUUUUCACCGAAUCAGUCUACCUCAUGACUUUCCGUGUUAAUGAACUCUCCACAGACUAUUAUAUCGAUUCGUUUCAAUUCCAGUUGAAUAAGAGCACCUAUAACCGAGUUGUCCUGAAAGAUGUCCAACCAGAAGUGAGCGGAAGAUACAAAUGCGAGGUAUCUUCAGACGCCCCUAACUUUUACACCUUCAUGGUUUCUGGAUACAUGUUCGUUAUUGAUAUCCCUGAAGGAGAUCCAGUAGUGACAGUCGAGAAAGAACUCCUAGAAAUAGGAUCUAUUAUCAGAGGCAAUUGUUCUUCACCUGCGUCUUACCCACCAGCAAACGUGACUUGGUUCUUGAAUGGUAAAGAGGUGAACACGGCUCAUAUUAGGAGAUCCCAGCGGCCUUCUGUGUCUAGCAAGAGCGUAACCACCACUUCAAGCAAUCGUCGAUCUCCAACUAUAACUGUUGCCAAUAUAGAAGUAGAGGUAGAUGAAAAUACAUUUAGAGAAGGGAAAGCCAGACUGCGCUGUGCUGUUAACAUACUCGAUCUUUACAAAAAGAGCAGAGAGGUAGUUUUAGAAGAAGAUGGACCGAGGCCAAUGCUAUCUUUGGUUUUGGGAACACCGGUAGUAGAAUCAGGUUCACCAGAUAUCUUCAAUUCCAACAUUUUUCUUUUUUCGUGUAUCAUCGUGUUUUUACGGUAACAGACUAGUUCGAACUGGAAGAACUGGAAGUGAAUUGACAAUUGAUCAUGGCAGGGAUGUUUUUAGUGAAUUGAACUGUGACAUUGUUAAUAGUGGAAAAUAUCAGUGCGAUCUAUUGAUUUUUUGAUCACAGGUAUUAUAGAAAGUACUACGCUGAGCCUAGAGAAUAAGUAUAUGCAACAUUCGAAUGCUCACGUUUAGAUCGUGUGGAUAGU